AUGACCAUCCAACCCCCUAAAUUUACCGCUCUUGAAGCUGUGUCAGAGGACGAGAGCCAGUCUCCUAACCCAACACGCAAGACUCUCCAUCAAAACAUCAUAGGGAAGCUGAGGCCCUUGCCUUUCCAAUACCGCUGGGCCGUAUGGCACGAAAAGAACUCCGAGUCUGCCAACUACGGUGAUAGAUUAUACCCGCUCCACGACGACGUUGCCGACAUCGCUACGUUUUACCGGAUAUACAAUAAUUAUCCAUGGGACAAGAUCAAAGUUCGUGACACAGUGCACAUAUUUCGGAAGGAAACGAAACCUGUGUGGGAAGACCCUCAGAAUAUUAAAGGUGGAUGCUGGACAUUUCGAGUUCCCAAAUCGAAGAGUCAGGCGUUCUUCCACGAAGUAGCCAUUCUUUGCAUGGCGAAUGAGUUCCAGGCCGCCGUGCAAGCCGAGCGCGAUCAUGUACUUGGUGUCUCAACAUCUGCUAGGUUCAACUCCAACUUAAUAUCUAUUUGGAAUAAACAGGGGUCAAACCCAAGAGCCAUUACAGCGCUAGAGGAUGUUAUAAUCCAACGACUCUCACCUGAACUGCGCCCGACUGCCGAAAAGUCCUACUUUUAUAAACGUCAUGAUGAACAUGACGGAUACCAAGCUGCUGUGGAGGCAGCAUUAGGUACCUCUGCCGGGGUCUGA